CAAUUCUACACUAUGAUACGCUCACGUAUAUAUCUCUCUCUCUUCUUGCAAUGUAUCAAACACACUUGUACCAAUUUUGCUGCUACUAAUCCAUGCAAAUGCAUUGCUCACUACACUAUUUCACUUCCGUGUCUUUCCCUCCUUUUUCCAUCUGUUCAUCUUCCUUCCCAUCCUUUUAUUCUUUAAAACACACAUUCCCAACACACACAAAUUCAGACUCUACUUUUUCUUUUCCAAAACCAUUCAUUCACAUUAAUCAAUGAAGAACACAGUCGUUGAGAAGUUCUCUGAAUUCUACCAAAAAUGGAUUUUUAAGCUUGAAGAGAUUCUUCAUCAACUUCUUCAAGUUUCCAAAACCGAAGAACAAGAGAUACAAUCACUAGUUUCAAAAGUCACAACCCAUUUGAAAGAAUACUACACUGUUAAAUGGGGUGCAGCACAUGAAGAUGUUGUUAUCUUUUUCACACCAACAUGGCUUAGUCCUUUAGAAAAUGCUCACCUUUGGGUAACUGGUUGGAAACCCUCAACAGUCUUUCGAAUCCUCGACGGUUUAAACGCAGCGUUUGAUAUGACAGAGGAACAGAAGAAGAAGAUUGAUGAACUGAGAGUGAGGGUAAGGAUUGAGGAAGAGAAAGUGGAGAGAGAGAUGGAGAGACAACAAGUGGCUAUGGCGGAUUUAAAGAUGGUGGAGCUUGCGAAGCUUUCAUGCAGAGCAAGGAAAGGUGAUGCAAGAGUUGAUGGGUUGGUUGGUGUUGCUUUGAAGGCUGUGUUUGGUGGUUUGGAAAAAGUUAUGAAAACUUCUGAUUGUGUUAGACUUAAGACACUUAAAGGGGUUUUGGAUGUUCUUACUCCAAUUCAGUGUGUGGAGUUUUUGGCUGCAAAUAUUGGUAUACAGUUAAGGUUGAGGAAAUUUGGAAUGAAGAGAGAUUUAGCAGCUGGAUGCAUAUUAAAUGAAGAAAUUUGAGUAGUGAGUUUUGUACGUUUAAUUUAGGCUUAUUAUUAAUUAAGUUGUACUAGUACUCCUUCAUUAACUAGCUCUCAAAAAUGAAAAAUUGUCUAGUUUAUCAAGUACUAGUAGUAGUGUUGUUAUUGCUUUGGGUUUAGAAGUUUUCAAUUAAUGUAUGAAAAAGGAAAGAAAUUGCUAGUACGUAGAUGAGUAUAUAUGAUAUGUUUUCGUUCCUUUAAUUUCAAAGACAUAUAACUAAGAUUAUUUUUAA